AUGAAGCUUCUCCAUUGCCUUCUAUGCAUCUUGGCUCUUGUCAUGGGAUUACAUGCGGCGGAUCCCGACUUUAACAAGUUCCCCUCGUGCGCUCUUGACUGUGGGAAGGAGCUUUUCCCCAACUGCGACCUGACCAAUUCGACAUGCUUCUGCGCCAAGAGCUCGUACAGGGACGAUCUCCUGACCUCUGUCACCACCAAUUGCACAACUAAAGAAGAGUUCAUCACAAAGCGACUGUCUGCGAAAGUAUGCGGUAUCGAGCCACGUAAAGGUCCGGCUGAGAUCGACGGCUCGACUCUCGCGCCUUUGAUCCUAGGUGCGGUUUUCUUCAUCAUUAGAAUCGCAGCGAAAAGCUUCGGUCUUGCCGGUGGCUGGGGAUGGGAUGACUACACCAUUAUUGUUUCAUUCGUAAUGGCCGUGGGAAUCUACGUUUUGAAUAUUUACAUGAUUCGAUUCGGAUUCGGUAUGGAUAUCUGGGAUAUUCACUUUGACACUAUUACGAAGUUCUACAAGUACUUCGAAGGCCUUGCCGUGAUGUAUAAAAUCCAGAUCUCGCUCGCCAAAAUCUCCGUCUGCCUUUUCCUUUUGCGAAUUUUCCAGUCCCGACCUUUCCGCUAUUGCGCGUACAUUCUUAUCGGCCUCAACGCUGCUAUUGGUAUAACAUGGGCUCUUGUGGACUCGCUACGGUGUAUCCCACCACACCUUGAUUGGACGGGGUGGAUGAACGAAGAAGAGGGCCAAUGCAUCAACUUUAUCGACUCGAUCCUUGUCAACUGUCUAGCCAACAUCGUCGUCGACACGGCCUUGAUCAUCAUGCCCGUUUACGAAGUCGCCAAGCUUCAAUUACCGCUCCGGAAGAAGCUCACCGUGGGGUUGAUGUUUGUGAUGGGAUCAGUAUUGACCAUCAUCGCAAUUAUUCGUGUCGUCGUGUUUUGGAACAAUCGAUGGGGCGAGAACCAAACCUACGGCCUAUACCCCCUGAUCCACUGGUCGGUCAUCGAAUGCCAAAUCUCCGUGAUGUGCGCCUGUCUCCCAGCCUCCAGGGCCUUGAUCAGUCACUUCUUCCCCGGAAUCCUGGGUAAUUCUACUCGACGAACCUACGGCACUGGCCCUUCCAACAACUGGUACAACAAGGAGCCGUCGCAGGGAAACAGCAAGAUCGCCAAGUCCGUUAGCUACUCUGUCAACUAUGCGCCCCGGUCGGUUCAAGAUGAUUCGACCAGUAUGGUGGAAUUGAUGGACGUCGAGGGAGCGGCGAGGUAUGCCCGAUAA